AUGGUGUUUUUGAGCCACAAAAAGGCCCGCUUAGAGAGUACGCGAAAAUCAAUACACUACGACGCGGUCUACCAGCACCAGAGGGCUGUCAAGAAGCACAUCAUCGUCCGCAGACACGCUAAAUUCUACAUCUUACAAUGUGACCAGCAUGACAUUAGCUUUGACGACAACCCGUUCUUGAACUCUAAGAAACAUUUGCGCGAGGAUCACGGCAUUACCGCAACCGGCCAUGACACUGUCAUAAAGCAUUUCGGCGUAGAGGUUAUAGAAUGUGAUGAUACCAAGCUUGAGCAGAACAACGCCGUUGCUGAAAAGGCUCUGCAAGAUGGCACUAACGCGCUCGCCAAAGACGCUAUCAAAGUUACAGAUAGUUCAAAUCUGCCAAAGUCACCACAGGCCAAGAGGAAUUGUCCAGAGCGUCCAACACUGAAACUGAAAUCAAACAGCAGCCGAAACACGACGCGAUCUAAUCGGCGAAAGACCCAGAAUGAUGAGGAUGUCCCACUCGAUUUGGUCCCCGGCAACGUCUACAUCAUUUGGUGGUUUGAGACACAACAGUGGUUCGCUGGCCUACUGAUGCCUCACCAGAAUCUCGAAGCCGUUGGCAUCCACAAGCCGCUCGAACAGUUGGCUAUUUUCAAAACUAUGCCCGCAUGUUAUCAGUACGACACCUCAAGCAAAUCGCUCUCAUGGGCCAAGGACUUCGAGGACGGCGGCCCAAAAGCAUCAGAACGAUAUUAUCCAUUCAUCUUUUUCGAAGGCUUUCAAUUUCCUGAAAAAUGCCAUCAGGCCUGGAUCCAGCUCGACAACAUUCGGCCUUGGGAUGAUGAAAAGUCAGCUUACAUCGAGCACAGAGCAAAGGCUGUCAGAUUUUUAAAAGAGCAGAGGGAGCGAAAGAAGCGGAAGAGCAAAGCACCAAUAACCGAGGCCGAGACACCAGAAUCCAUCGACAACCACGAGCCAUCACAAAAUGCCGGAUCCAGAGACUCCGACUGCGAUGAAAAUUCAGACAUCGGAGCUCGGCCAAAAGGAAGCAACACCCGAUUUUGA